AUGCAGCGGGCUGAGAACAAGGUGGGCGGCGGCGAGGGCGUGGAGGGCUGCUACGGCACGCUGACGCGCGCCGGAGUGCAGCAGAUCAUGGAGUCCAUGGCGGACGUGUGCGGCCUCAGCAGCAGCAGCGUGCUCGUCGACAUCGGCGCCGGCAUCGGAAGGCCGCUGCUCCACGCGAUGCACCACCCCGGCGUGGGGGCGUCCUGGGGCGUCGAAAUCGACCCUGUCAAGUGCAGCAAGGGGCGCGCCUAUGUGCAGCUAGUCGUCAGGGACAUGGCCGGCGCGGGCCUACCGGCCGGCGGCGGCGGCGCGGCGGCGGCGGCGCCGUCCAUGGUCUGCGUGGCGGUCGAGCGGCUGUCCACGCUCGAGCCCGCCACCCACGCCUACGCGUGUUGGGAGGGCAUGCCACGCACGGCAAAGGUCGCCUUUGGAGCGCUGUUCCUGGCGUCCCCGAGCCUGCAGUCUGUCGCCGUGGUGCAGCGCGCGUUCAGGCGGCCGCCGCAGGCCGCCAUGCAGGAGCUGGGGUUCGGUGAGCUGGAUCUGCUGAAGACCUUCCCAGUGCACCUGGCAGGCAGCCAGAGGCAGCUGAACGCAUACAUCUUCGUGAAGCCACGGCAGGCGGCGGCGGGCGGGCUGGAGCAGCAGCAGCAGCAGCAGCAGCAGCAGCAGCAGGAGCAGCAGCGGCACCAGCAGCACCAGCACCAGCAGCAGCAGCAAGGAAAGCGGCCGCGCGGGACGGGGAAUGCUCCCACGGCCUUGGGUGCUGCUGCGGUCGCGCAGCCGGCGCCGCGGGCCAGGGGCCGCGCCAGCAGAGCGGCGUCGGCCGCCGCCCCUCCGGCAGGGGGUGCACCGAGCGACAGCAGCUCCAUCACGCCGCUGCCGCUGCAGCAGUGGAUGCUUUCCAACGGGCUGCAGGAGGAGGAGGUCAUGGCGGACGCCACGAGCGGGCGCGUGCGGCGCAAGCGGCGGCUGUCGUGA